UUUUACCUAGCUUCUCGCCCCUGAGUCUUCAUUGGUAAUAACAAACACCUGGGAUUUGAGGUUUUAAAACAACAGUCGGGCUCUCCAAGUUGCGGCAAGGCCUCAGAGACACUGAGAGAUCACUCCUGCGGAGGACAACCUGAGAAGCCAUCAGAUUUGGUCUGGUGCAUCAAGCCAGAAGCAGCCACAGAGAUGGAUGUGUUCCUCAUGGUCCGGCACAAGAAGACCACCAUCUUCACUGAGGCCAAGGAAUCGAGCAAUGUGUUGGAGCUCAAGCUCAUAGUUGAGGGCAUCCUGAAGAGACCUCCUAAUGAUCAGCUGCUGUUCUUGGACAACCAGCUCCUGGAUGAGACGAAAACUCUGCGUGAAUGCGGCCUCACUAGCCAGGUAGCAAUGCCACAGGCCCCAGCCACAGUGGGCCUGGCCUUGAAAGCAGAAGAUGCCUUUGAAGAUCUGGAUAUCCACCCCUAUUUUUGCCGUCCAGUGCCUCCAGUGGUGAAGGAUUCUGGAAACAGUGCUAAGGAACAAGAUGUGCAGUGAGGGCCCCAGGCCCACCUUCU